UAUUGGUCUUCCAUGCAUCAUCCUAUGUCCACGCAUACGAGUUAUUGAAAAUGGCUGCGCUACAGGGUAGAAAUUUGUCAAAAGUACUGAAAAAUACACCACUUAUUAGCUUUAUUAGAAAGUAUGAACAGCUUGUUAAAUUGCGUGACCACAGGGCUGUAUUGGAAAAAUUACACCCUUAUGAAAAGAAACAUUUACCAGGCCCCUAUCCAAAAACGGAAGAGGAAUGGAUUGCUGCUGCAGAAAAGUAUAAUAUGCAUAUUGAUGAAUAUAAAGCUUAUGCUCCAGAUAAAGAUAGUCUUAUAGAUUAUCCAAACAUACCGCUGAUAAGCGCAGAAGCUAAAGAUCCUUAUUAUCCUUGGGAUCAUCCUGGACCAAGAAUAUGUUAUGGAGAAACUUUACCUAAGCGUUUCGAUUUGCUGCAAGGAGAUCGGUGUAGCUAUGGUGUUCGCCAAUCCAUCAGUGACCUGAAGGGUGCUGCUAUUUAUGUUGGCUUCGUACUAACUUACUUUAUGAUCGAUUACUUUUCAAUUAAAUGCAGUCAACCUAGAACAGCAAAACAAUAUCCAGGAAAAGGAGUGCAUUAUACUUUUGAACUAAAAUAAUUUUAUGAAUGUAGUACCAUAUAUGUAUAUAGAAUGCUACGUGUAUAGAUAUAUAUAUGUAACAAAACGUAUAUAUCAAUUUUUCUUAAUAAAUUAUAUUAUUAUAGUCCAUA